AUGUCGAUCGUAGGAAGGCUUCUGCUCUUCGUUACGUUCCUCUCGCUAGCCCUGCAAGGCUUCGCCAUCACCGGGGAAGACCUCAAGAUUCGGCUCCAUUCAAAGCUUGCUGAAAUCAAGAUUGGCGUGUAUGGCUCGGUCGUCACCUUCAAAGAGGGCACGGUACUGUCGAAUGAGAAUAUCGUUCACCUGGCUUACACCGCGCAUGAAGCCAUGCGCGGUCGGCUAGCGGGUGAUAAAGCAGCAGCAGGGCCGGGGAGCCAAAGCUUCAGGAAUGAUGUGACCAGAAAUUAUGGGCCUACAGUGAUGACUGCGGUCGUUCAGGAUAAUCAUGUGUUCUUGGCGUCGUCCAUGAAGGGAAGGGGUCUUAUUUACGACCCGAAAACAACCAAGAUCGAUCUACAAUUGACGAGCCAGUCAGUUGCUUACUGGAAAGGGCUCAAGAGCAAUGUGUGCCCCUCGGCGGUUCAACAGGGCUUGCAGGAUUGUGGGUUUCUUGUCACGGACACCAAAGGCGCCCAGCAUGCCGUGGGACAUCAGAACGGAGGGUCUUGUGGCGAGGUCUUUGCAGGCUGGGCGCUAUGCGAUACGGUUCCCAAGAAGAACUCCCCCGUAAGAGUGGUUACUGUCGCAUAUUCAGGCGAGAAAAUGGUCAUCAAGGAACCUUGCGGCGCAACUCCAGAAGAAGACGUAUUGGGCUGGAUUCCCCGAGGCUGUCAGACCUUCACAAGAUCGCUCGGCUGGACCGUCAUACCCAGUGGUACUAAAGCGAUAGAUGCGGGCCAUGUCAGCGUCGAAAGCGCGCGAGAGGCUACGUACCACACUACAUCCCAUGCAAGAGCUCAAGCUCAAGCUCAAGCUCACGGCCAUUGA